AUGGUCCAAAUCCCGCACCUCUUGAUGGAGGACCGCCAGCACGCUCGCGCAGAAAGUGAAGCCAGCAUAGCCGCACUCCAGCAAACUGCUCAAGCUGCUGCGGGAAACCGCGGCAAUGAAGAAGGAGAUGGACACGGAGAGGAAGCACCAAGGUCACAUCUUAGGGAUUUCCAGAACAACAAUCCGCCCGUGUUUUCCAAAUGCACCGCUCCCCUUGAUGCGGAUGAUUGGCUCCGCACCAUCAAGAACAACUUGGAAGUCGCUGCCGUGGGAGAUCAUGAGAAAGUUCUUCUCUCCACCCAUUUUCUUUCUGGCCCUGCAAGAGCCUGGUGGGAGAACGUCAAAGCUAUGCAAGCUACUGAUCAUGUCAUUAACUGGGAAGAGUUCACCGCAAAGUUCCGUAAGGCCCACAUUCCUACGGGAUUGAUCAAGAUGAAGCGUGAUGAGUUUUUCAACUUAAAGCAGAAUAACUCCAAUGUGGUGGAUUAUCUCGACAAGUUUAACACCUUAGCAAGGUACGCCCCUCAGGAUACUGACACUGAUGAGAAGAAGCGCGACCGUUUUAUGAAUGGACUGCAUGAAGAGAUCCAGAGUAUUCUUGUGGCCGUACCCUACCCCGACUUGGAGGCACUAGUGGAUGCUGCCAUCAUGGUGAAAUCCAAGCGCAAGGCUACUUUUGAGACCAGGAAGCGCAAGAUGCAACAGCAACAGAGUGGACCCAGCAACCCCAAGUACCGCAGCCCGCCUCCUACCAGAUCAUCUAAUCCGCCCCAGAGUAACCCCACUUCAGCUCAUGCAUACCGUUCCAACUCCUUCAACACCAACCGUUCAGCUCCACAAUAUCGUUCUGGAGGAGGAGGUUACAACAACAACCCUCGCCCCAAUCCCCCAGCUCGUACAUAA